AGCUUGUUCACCACGGUGUAUGAUUAUACUCUACAACAUGGCUGGCGAUACAGACUCUUCCGGUCCUGGUACGGACGAUGAAGCUGGAGUGACAGAUAUCAAAUUUGGCGAGAAAGAAGUUGCUGCUUUGCUGCAAAAGAUGCGCGGACCGAAAUCAACUGGUGGGAUCACCGAGAUUGCGAACGAUAACGAUACGGCGAGAGCCGAAGUGAUAAGACUGGCAAAGCAAGCGCUGCAGAAAAAUUCAACUAUAUAAGAUUCCAAAGUUGUCACGCCUAUGACCCAUAUAUUCAAAAAGAAAAAGCCCGUUAUA